AUGGUCUUGUUCGCAGUGAGAACGGACAACACCGGCUUCGAUCCCAACAGCCCGGAAUACGCGGUGUACAAGAAUACCAUGUUCAAGGAUUGUUACAAGUCUCCUGGUCUCACGCAGGAUUGUGCCUCUAUCAAAACCUAUCUACUGGACGUCAACACUUCAGGUGUUGUGGCCUUGAUCGGAACGUCUCUGCCAGUGCCGAACAAUUUGACCAAUAACAAUACCAUUUACAACUGGUGCGAGGUGAUAAGCUGUUUCAAUAACUUCAAGGUGAUACCAUCCACACCACGUCCAUCGGCCUUUUGGCCGACGAUCCUUGAAGUAUGGAACAAGGCUGCUGUCACUUUCCUCAUGGCCUUUUGGCAACUCCACAAGCUCCAAAAGGCCUUAUACAGCGACGAAAAUACCACGUGCAAAGGGACAGAGUGGGAUGUUUGGCUAAUCAUGGCCUGGGAUCUCGCUUCGUUUAUCUGGUGGUGCAUUGGCUUUGGCAGAUUUGCCAUGAUUCCAACACAAUACCCCAUGCCCUCCAUGCUGGGCUGGGUAUCGCUAUGGAAAUAUUGUUACAUCAUACAUUAUCAUCCAUUUGACACGCGAUCCGGUUUCAAUAGUGUGUUACCCUAUCCUGCGUACGAUUGUCUCGCCUCUCGCAUCCUGGAUGCACCUGGAUCCUCGCCAUGCUCAGCAGAGCAAAUCUGCUCCAACAAGAGACUUUUCAGAUCUUAUGACUUCAUAUUUCCUCACCGAUACAUCAGUGGUUAUAUAGGUCUUGCUGGUUUGCUUGUGGCGCUUUCUAUUGCUUCUAUUAUUAUGGUAUGUGUCCUCGGCGCAUUCCCGUUGAUCGCAUCCAUGGUUAAAGGGGGGAGUACUGGAAAAUGGAGAAGAAAAGUAUCUCACCUUGAUUUCGGGUUUGCCGGUAGUCUGAGUAUGGCCGCUGUUGCGUGUAUGAUUUAUGCUGCUUUGACUGGGGUUGACGCAUUCCGGACAUUCGAGCAUCUUCGUCAGGGUACUGUCGCAUUUAACUCGGAUUGCAACGUGUUGCAUGUCAAUAUGAGCCCAUGGAGGUACUACUUGGAUGUGGAUUAUGAACUACCGCUACGAGUGGCCAGAAUGUGGUUUAAUUCGUGA